AGCAGACGGAGGAGACGUGAAGUCUGAGGCUGAACGAGAAGGAAAUAGACCAGACCUUGAAAAUCUAGAAGAGCAGCGCGGCCUGAACCACAACUGAGCCGCAGCCGGCCGGUGCAACAUGGACGAGGACACUUUGAGGAAAGUUGGACGCUCACACACAAAAGGUCAGGACCACAGACUGAGAGCAAAGUCUCCAGGGUCCAGCUGUGAGUCUCUGAAGAGUGACUGGUCCAAGAGACAUCCUCCAGACUUCAGUAAUGAAACUGGACCCUCACACACAGAAGGUCAGGACCACAGACUGAGAGCAAAGUCUCCAGGGUCCAGCUGUCUGUCUCUGAAGAGUGACUGGUCCAAGAGACAUCCUCCAGACUUCAGUAAUGAACCUGGACCCUCACCCACAAAGGGAAGGAAGAGGAGUCAUGUUUCUGAGGAGGAGCAGUUGUCCUGCUGUGCUUCAUGUCAGGACGUCCUGAAGGAUCUAGUCUCCACCAGCUGUGGACACUGGUUCUGCAGACAGUGCAUCACCUCAUACUGGGACCAGUCUGAUUCUUCAGGAGACUCCUCCUGUCCCCAAUGCGGAAAAAGAUCCAGAACAGGAGCUGGAGCUCAGACAGCCGGUGAGAGCAUUUGUCUUUCAGCAGAUCCUGGUCUGCAGGAGGUUUUAGAUGAACAUCAGCUCAGUGCGAGGAGGAGAUGUGAACAUGUGACUGAAGGAACUGAUGAAAAAGGAAGUAAAACCCUCCUCAACAGGAUCUACACUGAGCUCUAUAUCACAGAGGGACAGAGUGAAGAGGUUAAUACUCAACAUGAGGUGUGGCAGCUUGAGACGGCUUCCAAGAAGAUCCUCCGGGACACUCCCAUCAAGUGCCACGACAUCUUUAAAGCCUCCACUGACCAGCAGAGACGCAUCAGAGUCGUCUUGACCAACGGCAUCGCUGGCGUUGGAAAAUCCUUCUCGGUGCAGAAGUUCACUUUGGACUGGGCACAGGGUUUAGAAAACCAGGAUGUGGAUCUGCUGACUGUCCUUUCGUUCAGGGAGCUAAACCUGGUGAAGGACCAUCAGCACAGUCUCCUCACGCUGCUCCGUGUUUUCCAUCCAGCGUUACUGAAGCUCACGGCUGAGAUGCUCACUGUCUGUAAACCUUUGUUCAUCUUGGACGGCCUGGAUGAAAGCAGACUUCCUCUGGACUUCAACCGCAGGGAGCUUGUAUCUGAGGUCACACAGAGGUCAUCAGUCAACAUGCUGCUGAUAAACCUCAUCCGGGGGAAUCUGUUUCCCUCGGCUCUCGUCUGGAUAACCACCAGACCUGCAGCGGCCAAUCAGAUCCCUCCUGCAUUUGUUGACAGGGUCACAGAAGUACGAGGCUUCACUGACUCCCAGAAGGAGGAGUACUUCAAGAGGAGAUUCAGUGAUGAAGAGCAGUGCAGCAGAAUCAUCUCACACAUGAAGACGUCCAGGAGCCUCCACAUCAUGUGUCAAAUCCCAGUCUUCUGCUGGAUCAGUGCUACAGUUCUGGAGCACAUGUUGACCACAGACCAGAGAGGAGAGCUGCCCAAGACCCUGACUGACCUGUACUCACACUUCCUGCAGGUUCAGACAAAGAAGAAGAACAUGAAGUACGGUGAAGGACAUAAGAUGACUCCACAGCAGCUGACGGAGGCUGACAGGGACGUUCUGCUGAAGCUGGGGAGGCUGGCACUUAAACAUUUGGAGGUAGGAAAAAUCAUGUUCUACCAAGAAGACCUGGAGCGGUGUGGUCUUAAUGUCACAGAGGCCUCGGUGUACUCAGGAAUUUGUACUGAGAUCUUCAAGAGCGAGUGUGUGAUCUUCCAGAAAUCAGUCUACUGCUUUGUUCAUCUGAGCGUUCAGGAGUUUCUGGCUGCAGUCUACAUGUUCCACUGUAACACACACACAGAAGAAGUCAACAAUUUCAUGGGAACAUAUGGGGACACAGACAGUAACUCCUCCCUGGUUGACCUCCUGAAGAGAACCAUGGAGAAAUCCCUCACCAGUACAAAUGGUAAUCUGGACCUGUUUGUUCGCUUCCUUCACGGCCUCAGUCUGGAGUCCAACCAGACAGUCUUAGGAGACCUGCUGGGUUGGACAGACAACAAUCCAGAGAUCAUCCAGAGAGUCAUCAACAACCUGAAGGAGAUGCAGAGUGAUGACAUUUCUCCUGACAGAAGCAUCAACAUCUUCCACUGUCUGACUGAGAUGAACGACCACUCAAUUCAUCAGCAGGUGCAACAUUUCCUGGCGUCAGAGAACAAAUCAGAGGAGGAACUCUCUGAGAUCCACUGCUCAGCUCUGGCCUUCAUACUGCAGCUUUCAGAGGAGAUUCUGGAUGAGCUGGACCUGGUGAAGUUCAACACAUCAGACCAGGGUCGACGGAGACUGAUCCCAGCUGUGAGGAACUGCAGGAAGGCUGAACUCUGUAAUUGUCGACUCUCAGAGACUCACUGUGAAAUCGUGGCCUCAGCUCUGAAGUCAGACCCCUCACAUCUGAGAAAACUGGAUCUGAGUAAGAACAAGCUGCAGGAUUCAGGAGUGAUGCUGCUGUGUUCUGGACUGGAGAGUCCCAACUGUCGACUGGAGACUCUGAGGUUGAAGUACUGCAGUCUGUCAGAGAUCAGCUGUUCUUCUCUGGCUUCAGCUCUGAGGUCAAACCCCUCUCAUCUCAGAGAACUGGAUCUGAGUAGAAACAACGACCUGCAGGACUCAACAGUGAAGGAGCUGUGUGGUUUUCUACAGAAUCCAACUUGUCGACUGGAGACUCUGAGGUUGGAGAGAUGCAAACUGUCAGAGAUCAGCUGUUCUUCGCUGGCUUCAGCUCUGAGGUCAAACCCUUCUCAUCUGAGAGAACUGGAUCUGAGUUUAAACGGCCUGCAGGACUCAGGAGUGAAGGAGCUGUGUGGUUUUCUACAGAGUCCAACCUGUCGACUGGAGACUCUGAGGUUGGAGAACUGCAGACUUUCAGAGAUCAGCUGUUCUUCUAUGGCUUUAGCUCUGAUGUCAGAGCCCUCUCAUCUGAGAAAACUGGAUCUGAGUAACAACAAGCUGCAGGACUCAGGAGUGAAGGAGCUGUGUGGUUUUCUACAGAGUCCAACCUGUCGACUGGAGACUCUGAGGUUGGAUCAAUGCAGUCUGACAGAGAUCAGCUGUUCUUCUCUGGCUUCAGCCCUGAAGUCAAACCCAUCUCAUCUGAGAGAACUGGAUCUGAGAGGAAACAACCUGCAGGACUCAGGAGUAGAGGAGCUGCUUCAUCUACAGCAGAAUUCAGGCUGUCGACUGGAGACUCUGAGUUGGAAGGGGUGGUCUUUGUGAAGGUGAGUGUGAAGAGGACAGUCUAUGGGGACGGAGGUUGAGCUGUGUCCUGAGGAUCCAGAGGCUGAAGCAGCUGCAGCAGCUUGUGUGUAGUCUCUAAUCUACACAACCCCUAAUCUCCAUGUGUUUGUGAGAUGAAGCCGGAGCACUUGGAGAAAACCCGGGAGAACAUGCAGACUCCACACAGGAAGACCCAUCUGAACCAGAUUCAAACCAGCAACCUUCCUGCCCAGAUUGUGUUUAUUCACAUGAAGAAUGUGUUUAUUGAAAUGACACAACACAAGCAGAAUAUAUAAACCCUCUAUAAAGAGUCACAUACAGUGUGUUUAGGUUUGUCUUUAUUGUUUUUCACUGUUGUCCCUCAGUAUGACUCCAUGUGUGUAGAACCUCUGUGUAUAUGUUUGUGUAUGAUCUUAAAGUUCCUGGAUUCACGUCACAAAUUGAUUUAGUUCAACACAAAGUUAAACACAUUAAAAUCACUUUGAGUUCAAAAUCAGAGUUUUGUCUUUAACACAAAAGAUCAAAACUCUGGACUUAAAAAUUUGACGUUUUCAUUUCUGCAUCAGGUGCAGAGCGGUGGUUUCUUUUCUACUUUUUGACAUUUAGGUGGCGCUGCAGUAUAACAGCAGCACAUCUCAAUCAAAGCCUUUAUA